CGGAGCCUGCAGAUCUUUCCGAUGGAGCCAGGGGAGGAGCUGAGCCCCUUGGAUGAAGAGGAAGGGGAGAUCCCGAAAGGAUCCUGCGCAGCAGAGGAUAGGACGGUGAAGAUAAAGGAGGAGAACUGCCUGUGGGAAGCAGAAGCAGAUGGGAGGCUAUUGAGAAGAUCCGAAGGGAGCAUUUCCCUGAGUCCCGAGAAGGUGACUACCUACGAGAGUCAAUGCAGUUCAAAAGAUCUGGGGAAAAUUCCCGUAGAGGAGUCACAUGGUAAAGCCAGUACCACAGGCAGAGCUCUCAGGAAAUCUAAAAGUAUAAAAGUCCAUCAGAGAAUCCACAUGGGAGAGAAACCCUAUAACUGCCUUGAGUGUGGGAAAAUCUUCAAUCGGAGGUCAUUUCUUAUUACGCAUCAGAGAAUUCACACUGGAGAGAAGCCCUAUAAAUGCCCUGAAUGUGGGAAAAGCUUCACUGUGAGAUCAACCCUUAUUAAACAUAAAAGAAUCCACACAGGAGAGAAACCCUAUAAGUGCCCUGACUGUGGGAAAAGCUUCCGUCUGAGCUCGACCCUUUGUACCCAUCGGAAAAUCCAUACAGGAGAGAAACCCUAUGAGUGCCUCAAAUGUGGCAAAAAAUUCCGAGUGAGCUCUUACCUUCUUGCACACGAGGCCACCCAUAUGGUGGACAACCCUUACAAAUGCCCCGACUGUGGGAAAAACUUUAGUGUGAGUAGAGACCUCCAUGUGCAUCAGAGAAUUCACACGGGAGAGAGACCCUUUAAGUGCCCCGUGUGUGGGAAAAGCUUCAAUCGGAGAUCGAUCCUGAUUGUACAUCAGAGAGUCCACACUGGAGAGAAGCCCUAUAAAUGCCCUGACUGCGGGAAAAGCUUCAGUGUGAGCUCAGACCUCACAGCACAUCUGAGAAUCCACACGGGAGAAAAACCCUAUAAAUGCUUUGAUUGCGGGAAUAGCUUUCGUCUGAGCUCCCACCUUACCAGACAUCAGAGGAGCCACACAGGAGAGAGACCCUAUAAAUGCCUGGUCUGUGGGGAAAGCUUCAGUGACUGCUCAGGCCUUAUUAAACAUAAGAGAAUGCACACUGGAGAGAAACGAAGGCCAGCACCUGUUACACAUCAGGGAACUAACACGGCAGCAGCACCUUAUAAAUGCCCCGACUGUGGGAAAAACUUUAGUAUGAAUUCAGCCCUUGUUAAACACCAGAGAAUCCACACAGGAGAGAAACCCUAUAAGUGCCCCGAGUGCGGGAAAAGCUUCAGUUAUUGCUCAGCCCUUAUGAAACAUCAGAGAAUCCAUACGGGAGAGAAACCCUUUAAAUGCCUGGACUGUGGGAAAAGGUACAAUGACAGCUCAACCCUCCGGAGACACCGGCGAAUCCACUCAGAAGACAGGCCCUAUAAAUGCCCCGACUGUGGGGAACGAUUCAGUGUGACCUCAGGCCUUAUUAGACACCAGAAAAUCCACACUGAGGAGAGACCUUUUAAAUGUAGUGAGUGCGGGAAAAGCUUCCAGUCAAACUCACUUCUUAAAACACAUCAGAGGAUCCAUACGGGAGAAAAACCCUAUAAAUGCCCCGAGUGUGGGAAAAACUUCCGUCAGAGUUCCCACCUCAUAAGGCAUCAGAAAAUCCACACAGGAUAGAUGGUCACAAUGUUUUUUCUCAGAGUUCUGCUCCACUCACUCAUCUGGGGAUUGUGAGAUCUAUAGGUGGCUGAGGAUGGGUGCUGGGGCAUUGAGAGACUUGGGACCCAUGAGGCAGGAUGGUGGAUUUUGGAGCACGGGAGGUGAAUGGAGUGUUUUGAAAUUGGGUUGUUGCUGGAUGGGCCCAGCCAAUGGGAGAGGUAUCUGGGGUGCUAGUGGGUGGAUUACUUGGAGAUUGGGAUGGGAGGUGGGGGAAUAACUGUCAUAGAGUCUAAAAGUUUUCCUUCUCCAACAGAGAUUGAAAAACAACAUGCCCCCACACUGCCGUCCAACUCACUCUCUGACACAAAACUUUUGCAGUAACCUGCAUGCUGUCAAAGCAGAUUAAUUCCCAAACACACAGGCUGUGGGAGAUGGGAUGUGCUGAACUGUUGAUUGGCCAUACUGUGUCAGUCCAAAGGUCCAUCUAGCCCAGUAUCCUGUCUUCUGACAGUGGCCAAUGAAAGACGCCUAGUAUUAGUUCACUGGUCGGGUUUUGUAUUACAGCGUGAGUGGGAUGAAGUUGGAUGAAUUUUACUUUUGGGUUCCUGUUAGAGAUGGAAGUGAAGGCCUCAUGAAGCGUGGGUGUGUAUGAUCCGAGAUGCUGUAAUCAGUGUGACAAGUCUUUUCCCUUCUCGUGUUCUAAGGUUUUGGGUGGGCAGGUGAGUCCUACUGGAACCUUCACUCUCAUUAAAUGUAAUUUUUGUUUCUGUUCAUUUUA